AUGUCUACAAAUGUUGGUAAGGAACCAGAUGAUGGUUCUCAAAAACAAUCUAAGAGAACUAAAGUUGUUAGAAUGGUUAGUAAGGUGGCUGAGAAUUCUGGAGAAAUCUUAGAAUCAACGCUCAGCACUACAUCAUCA